AUGUCAAGCAAAUUGGGAAAAGUUGGUGAUUUUAGGGAUUCUGAAGUAAGAAUUGACCCUGAAGAUUUUGAACUACAUGAUGUUACUGAUCAAAGACCUCCAUUAUACUCUUUGAAUAGUGAUGUUGAAAUGUUGGCAGGGGAAAGAAGAAGAAGAGGUUCACGCUUUGAUGAUGGUGAAUCCGAAAGUAGUAGUGAUGAUGAAGGCAUUGAAGAAAUUGAAAGUCCAAAUUUAUUACAAGUUGAUUUAAAACUUUUAUUGUCUUUUAAAAAAGUUAUAUUCUUAUGUACAAUCAUUUCAUUUUCUGGGUUUUUAUUUGGUUGGGAUACUGGAGUUAUUGGUGGUAUGAUUCAAAUGAAAUCAUUUUUGAAAACAUUGGGUCAUGAAAAAUUAAAUGAAGAUACAAAUGAAAUUGAAUAUCAAUUGGAAAGUUAUCAAACUGGGUUAAUGGUCUCAAGUUAUCAUAUUGGUUGUAUCUUUGGAGGAUUUACAAUUGCAAGAUUAUCAACUACUUUGGGUCGUAAAAUGCCAAUUUUAAUUGCAAUGUGGACCUAUAUUUUUGGUAUUACAAUUCAGAUUACUUCAUGUAUCUCAGGGAAAUGGUAUCAAUUCUUAAUUGGUAGAUUUAUUAGUGGAUUAUGUAUUGGAAGUGUUGCUGUUUUAACACCAAUGUUUAUAUCAGAAACUGCUCCAACUGCAAUUAGAGGUUCAUGUACUUCAUUAUACCAAUUGAUUAAUUGCAGUGCCAUAGUUGGUGGUGGUUGUGCAGUUUAUUUAGCUAAAGAAUUAUAUACAAAUGUUGCCGAAUGGGUUGUCCCUUUGAGUGUUGGUAUUGUCGCUGCAUUAGUCACUUGUGUUGGUAUUUUAUCAGCACCUGAAAGUGCUAGAUAUUUAAUAAGUAAAGGUGAUUAUGAUAAUGCAAGAAAAUCAUUGAAAAGAGUUGAUAAUCCAGAUAUUGAAGGUACAUUAUCAUUAUUUCAAGAAAAGAUAAUGAUGGAUGAAGAAGCUGCUAAAAAUGUUACAUUUAUUAAAAUUUUUUCUAAACGUUAUAGAAGAAGAGUUUUCAUUGGUUUAUUAAUGAUGUUAUUUCAACAAAUGAGUGGUAUUGAUUAUUUUUUCUAUUAUGGUACUACAUUAUUUAAAUUUGCAGGCGCUAAUGAUCCAUAUGUUACAUUUAUCAUUCUUGCAACAAUUAAUUUCUUUGGUACCAUGCCAGGUGUUUAUUUUGUUGAAAAAUAUGGUCGUAAAACUGCUUUAUUAUGUGGUGCAGUUGGAUGUUUUAUUCCUUUAUUUGUUUUUUCAUUAGUUGGUACUUUGAAAAUUGAUAAAACAGCCACAGAUCCAGAUGUUAAUAAAAUACCAGGAAUUAUAAUGAUUGUUUUCACUUGUUUCUUUUUCGUUAGUUUUGCACCAACUUGGGGUGCAUCAGUUAGUGUACUUGUUAGUGAAUUAUAUCCAUUACAUAUCAAGAGUCAUGCAGUUGCAUUUUCAACAGCUUUUAAUUGGGGGUCUAAUUUUUUCAUUGGAUUUUGUACACCAAUAAUUACAGAUCGUAUUGGAUAUACUUAUGGGUUUAUCUUUGCAGGUUUUAUGUUUGUUGCAUAUUUUGUUAUUUUAUUUUUAGUUCCAGAGACCCAGGGAGUUUCCUUAGAAGAAAUUGAAAAUUUAUUUGAAAAGAAUUGA